ACUGUGUUUGUUCUACCUAAUGCCCACUUGGCAUGCUUUGUGUGUGUAGUGACCACAGUUAACAUAGUCAUAGCUAGGGCAAGCGUGGCAGAAGACAGCAUGGCAAAGCUCUGUCUGUUGGUGGUAGUUUUACUGCUAGCAGGAGUUAGCUCUCAGUCCUACCCUCGAUUUGAGUUCAGAGGAGAUGUUCUGGUAAACAACUCUUUCAUAGUUCGUGGACAUCCAGUAAACAUUGGAGAAGGCCACAAUGACUCACUGCAUUGUGUGACUGACAACUCAGAGUGUUGUAGCAAUGGACAAGGUGACUGGUAUGAUGAGAGGGGGAGACAAGUCCAGCAGGGACCAGAUGGAGAGGGUGACCUGUAUGUCACUAGAGGAGAUGGAGUGGUCUAUCUCAAUCGCAGAAGAAGAGGAACUACAGGAAUGUGGAGAUGUGAUAUACCUGAUAGUAAUGGUGUACAGCAGAGUAUCUACAUCUACCUUGGGACUCCAACCACAGGUCAAUUGACAUCACCAGUCAUGUACUUCACUCUGGACUCAGAGGCAAAUGAGGAUCCUCCUGAGUUCACUCUCACAUGUCAGAGUGAGGGAGGACCAGUCACAGAGGUGGUGUGGAGGAGGACUGCAGAAAGAAACACAGUGACAGUAGAGGAAGACAGUAACCACACCACCAGUCAGAUCAUAGUGGACACAUCAAGUAACACUGUCUAUAAUAACACUCUGAGAGUCAGGGGAAGAGAGACGACAGUAACAUAUAGAUGUACUGUGAGCAACAACAGGCAUGAAUAUGUCCAAGGUGCCUUGCUUAGUCAUCGGCACAGAUAUUUGUUCGAGGUAUGGUAUUAAAAAUGGCUGCAAUCUAAACUAUUACUCUAUAUUAGCUGCCAUGGAACCUACAAGUGUCAGUGCUACCUACAAGACCCCCACCAGUAUCUCACUAGAGUGGACAUUUGCCAGUGCACCCAUCUAUGACUAUAGCUAUGUGGUCUACUAUGAGUCUGGAGGAGAGAGUCACAGUGUGUCCUUCACUGUCAGUGGGAGAUCCAGAGACAAUAGUCAUCUACUGACUGGUCUUCCAGUUGGAGGGAUCAACACUAUCUCUCUAGUGGCUCUGGUAGACCUUCCCAGUCCUGUGGUUGGACCUGUCACUCCUGUGUCAGCAGAGUCUCCAGAGGUGGUGGUGUCAGGAGAAGGGUCAGGAGUGGUGGGACCUCAUACACACUGACAUGUAGAGUCAGUCUACCCAGUGGAGUGGAGCCAGACUCUCUUGAUAUCCAGUGGCUGGGACCCUCCACUGAUGAACAAACUGUUGUCACAACUGACAACAGAGUGGUCACCAGACAACUCUUACUAGACCCACUAUCACUGGCUCAUGGAGGAAACUACACCUGUACUGCCAACUACACUGUGGAUGGAGGGACAACUGUUACAACAAGUGACACAGAAAGAGUUAUGCCCAUUAUUGCACCUCCAUCUGUGAUGGUCAGAAUAAGUGAAGACAUUAUCCUAGUAGGAGAAGAUGUGGUAGUAUAUUGUGAUAUUGAUCUGAUUGGAGUGGUGAGAGGAAGAGAUGUAGCAGUGGAGGUGACUUGGUUUCAAGAGGGAGUCCCAGUGAGACCUGACUCAAGACUCACCAUAUCUGGAGCCACUGGUGAUGUGGGUGGUGUACACAGUAGCCUCACAUUCAGUCCUGUCCACUUCUCUGACAUGGCCACAUACGAGUGUCGUGUUACCCUCACUCCUCUCCUUGGACCUGCUAGUCCUGUCUCCUCUUCUGACUCCAUCUUUCUCAAUAUCUCAGAGCCUGUGGACCCAGUGAGACCAGAAGAUGUCACAUUCAGGGAAGUACAGUCAGACAGUGUCACGGUCCAGUGGAGAGUGUCCCACAUAUCCUACUCUCCAGAGACAUAUGUAGUACAGUAUGGCACUAGUAGGGAGAGUCUGAUCCACAAUAGCAGCAGGACACACAGUGAAGAGGGCGUGAUGACCUACUCUGUCCAAUUGUCUGGUCUGAGAGACAACACCACCUACUAUGUUCAAGUCCUGGCCACCAACACUGCACUCAGAUCUAGUAGGAGCAGUGUCGAGAGCUUCACAAUACUUGUCACUUCACAGAUGACAACAGGUCAACCUGCCUCAUGUCAAACUGAAAGUAAUGAGUCAGCUUCAAUUGUUGGAGGUAUCCUCUCACUCGUCGUCAUCUUGAUCAUUGGAGUCUCUAUAUUAGGGUUUGUCAUACUCAUUCUUAAGAUACGGACCCUCAAGCUAAUGCUUGAAAAACCAGGAGUGAGAGAAGGAGGUGAAGUGGAGAGUAAGAGUGUUCCCACUGCCACUAAUGCAGCCUAUGGAGUGGUGUCCCAUGACCAGAGUUCCAGUGGAGAUGUGGCCAUGUAUGAGAUAGUGGGUCAGCCACCAUCAUCUUCAGCCAGACCUACUGCACACCCUCCCUCUGAUUACCCACACUCAUCCCAGGGACCUCCCCUCACUGAUUCUCCCUACGAUGUCAUCGCCAACCAGUAGAAAGACACGAUGUUUAUGUAGACGAUAGAUACACACUGCCUAUCUUUGUAUUUGUGUUCUGUUCUUACUAGUUUAUGACAACA